CCUGCAAGAGGCGCCUUCGCUGCUCCUCAGCCCUUCACCUCCCCGUCCGCAGAGCUGCGGCUCCGGCUCCCGAGGCGCCGCAGAAAGAGCAGGGCGCACCGUUGGCGUGCGCGCGUGUGUGUUCUGUGAGGUUAAAAGAAAAAGAAAAGGCCGGCAGGGCUGUGUGUGUUUGUGUGUUGUGUGUGUUUCUGUUUCUACAUCUUUCCCGGCGAGUUUCCAUUCCCUCCAAGGACUCCGGGACGCUGCCUUAGGGACCGAGUCCGCCGAGGGAGAGCUGCCCUCCGGCUGCCUCGCCUUCCUCCACGCCGUAGUUUGGAAGUGAUGAGAGGGAGCUUCGGCGCCGCGCAAGUAGCUUCGGCGGCGGAAGGCGGACGGAGAAGCGGCGCCGUGGCCCCCGAAGCAGCCCGCUGCGUCGCUUCCCGACACGACUCGGCGCCGGCGAGCAACUUGGCGCAUCCCUUUCGCCUUCUGCUCUGAGCCGAGAUCCACAGAGACCCAAGAAAAGAGCAUUAAGAAGCGAAGGGGGAAUGAGACUGUCUUCAGCACAGGAAACUAGUUCGCAUUAAGGUGAAGAGACAAAUCACCGCCUCAGUCUUGCUUUGUGCUGCCACAAUGAGAACUUAUCAUUGCUUCUGGCUCCUCUUCUGGGUUGGUCAUCCCCACCAAAGCUCUUCCACCCCCCUAUCCAAAAGGACUAGUGGCUUUCCAGAAAACCCAAAGAUUUUGGAUCUAUCUAGAAACAACAGGAAAGAACUUAAUCGCUCCAAAAGAAGCUGGAUGUGGAAUCAGUUCUUUCUUCUGGAGGAGUAUACGGGCUCUGACUAUCAAUACGUUGGCAAGCUUCAUUCUGACCAGGAUAAAGGAGACUCUACACUUAAAUACAUCCUUUCAGGAGAUGGAGCAGGAGACCUCUUCAUUAUCAAUGAGAAAACUGGAGAUAUACAGGCCACAAGGAGACUGGACAGGGAAGAGAAGCCUGUCUACAUUCUCCGUGCUCAAGCUAUCAACAAAAAAACUGGAAAGCCAGUGGAGCCAGAGUCAGAGUUCAUCAUUAAGAUCCACGACAUCAACGACAACGAGCCACUGUUUACAAAGGACACUUACAAUGCCAGCGUCCCAGAAAUGUCUGAUGUAGGUACAUUUGUCGUGCAAGUCACAGCAACGGAUGCCGACGACCCUACGUAUGGGAACAGCGCUAGAGUCGUCUACAGCAUUCUCCAGGGGCAGCCAUAUUUUUCCGUCGAGUCUGAGUCAGGCAUCAUCAAAACAGCUUUGCUGAACAUGGAUCGAGAAAACCGGGAGCAGUACCAAGUGGUCAUCCAAGCCAAGGACAUGGGGGGACAGAUGGGUGGAUUGUCAGGAACCACCACGGUGAACAUCACAUUGACGGAUGUCAAUGACAACCCACCUCGUUUCCCCCAGAGUGCCUACCAGUUCAAAAUCCAUGAGUCUGCACCUCUCAAUUCACCGGUUGGCAGGAUAAAAGCUACUGAUGCUGAUGUGGGUCCAAAUGCAGAGAUGGAAUACAGCAUCAUCGAAGGGGAUGGCUCAGAAAUGUUUGGCGUCUUCACAGACAAGGCGACACAGGAAGGCAUCAUAACAGUGAAAAAGGCUUUGGAUUUUGAAAAGAAAAGACAGUUCACUCUGAAAGUGGAGGCAAGCAAUCCUCACGUGGACCCCAGAUUCCUCUAUCUGGGACCCUUCAAAGAUGUUACAACUGUCAGAAUUGUGGUGGAGGAUGUAGACGAACCUCCAGUGUUCAGCAGGCCAGCCUACGUAUUUGAAGUGAAGGAAGAUGUCCAGAUAAACACUGUCAUAGGAACCGUGACUGCCCGAGACCCUGACGUUGCAAAGAAUCCUAUCAAGUAUUCUGUAGACCGUCAUACUGACAUGGACAGAAUAUUCAACAUUGAUUCUGGAAACGGUUCAAUAUUUACUUCCAAACUUCUUGACCGGGAAACAUUAUUGUGGCAUAACAUUACAGUAGUAGCUUCCGAGAUCAACAACCCGAAGGAAAGCAGCCGCAUCCCAGUGUUUAUUAAAGUCCUAGACGUGAAUGACAACGCCCCAGAGUUUGCCAUGUUUUACGAAACCUUCGUCUGCGAAAACGCAAAGGCCGAGCAGCUCGUACAGACCUUAAGUGCCGUUGACAAAGACGACUCUUUCGGCGGACACAAAUUUUCCUUCUCGCUGGCUCCCGAAGCAGCCAGCAGCUCCAAUUUCACCCUUCAGGACAACAGAGAUAACACAGCCGCGAUCUACACAAAGAGAACCCGGUAUAACAGACACGAGAUGAAUAUCUACCUCCUGCCCGUGGUAAUAUCGGACAACGACUACCCGAUUCAGAGCAGCACGGAAACCGUGACCAUCCGGGUGUGCGCCUGCGACCAGAGAGGGAAAAUGCUCUCCUGUAACGCCGAAGCGCUGAUCCAUCCAACCGGCCUCAGCACAGGCGCUCUGAUCGCGAUUCUCCUCUGCAUCAUUAUACUGCUAGUUACAGUGGUGCUGUUUGCAGCCUUGAGACGGCAACGGAAGAAAGAGCCUUUGAUCAUUUCCAAAGAGGACAUCCGAGACAACAUUGUCAGUUACAAUGACGAAGGUGGUGGAGAGGAAGACACCCAAGCCUUUGAUAUUGGCACGCUGCGGAACCCUGAAGCCAUAGAAGACAAUAAACUGCGACGAGACAUUGUGCCAGAAGCGCUUUUCGUGCCACGCCGGACUCCAGUGGCACGGGAUAACACCGAUGUCAGAGAUUUCAUUAGCCAAAGGUUAAAGGAGAAUGAUUUGGAUCCAACAGCGCCCCCUUAUGACUCAUUAGCCACCUACGCAUAUGAAGGCAAUGGCUCUGUGGCAGAGUCCCUCAGCUCCUUGGAGUCAGUGACCACGGAUGGAGACCAGGACUACGAUUACCUCAGUGACUGGGGUCCACGGUUUAAAAAGUUGGCCGACAUGUAUGGUGGAGCGGACAGCGACAAAGACUCAUAAUAUGUUGCCUUUUUUUCCAUUUUCAAGAAACAGCAUUGAAAUGUGUGGCAUUGCUACGUCUUUCUAUUUACCCACAGUUAUUUGAAAGGGUCCUCUACCAGUUCGAAUAGUUUCCGUGACUGCAGUCUUUGUGGAUCCAAUGUCAUCCCCUCCGACCCCCCCAAAUAUAAUUUGAGCAUAAUGUGGUGGGCGGAGGGGGGUGGGGAAGAAAAUUCCCUUAUUUUCUGUGCACCCUGUAUACCAGAACAGUCAAAGAGGCACAAUGGCAGGGAGAUGGAGGGACAAUGGAAAUGGAAUAACGGUUUUAACUUGUUCUACUUUAUCUUCUAAAUUGGAUUAUCUUACUGUUAUAUUUCGCCAAAUAAUCUCACUGUAUUUUAAUUACGCAGCUCAGACACGUUUUCCGCAGAUUAUGUCUCGAAACACCCCAUUGUAAGGAAGCAUUGUGGCUUAGCUUAAGUAUUAUAGUGAAAGGAGGGGGUGGGGUGUAGCUCUUUUAAAAGCCACAAUCUGCCAGCAAGGAAUAUUUAAAAGGAUCUAGUGGCCAUUCAAGCACCAGUGUCAGUUUUGAACUGGUCACUUGGUUCAAAGUAUUAAAGUGGUGGUGGACAAUCAAGAGAUGGGGAAGAAGGGGGUUCAUUGUGUGUGACCAUAACAGUGCACAAUAUUUAAAAUAUUGUGUUCCUGGAAACCAACCAAAUAGCGUGUGUUCGGUAAUAAAUAUCAGGGAUAGCCAAAAGUGGUGGCUUCUAGAUUUUAGACUCCAACUCACAUCAACUCCAGGCAACAUAACCAAGGAUGAUGGGAGCUGUAGUCCAGCAAAAUCUGGAGGACACCACGUUGAUUGCUUCUGACAUGUAUCAAGGAAGGAAGAGGCAUAAGGUUGAAAAUAUGCAUGGAGUUGGAUUCAGACCUGUUAAUCUGCAUCCAACCCAUAACACAUAAAGAGAGCUCCCUGUGUACAUUUGGUGAGUUCCAUUUUAUAUUGUUCUGUUCCUAAGCAUACCAGCAGAUUGAAAGCUAACUGUCUUACCCCUCUCCCUGCUUCUUUGCUUACCUGGCCACUGCUGUUCCCUCCUCCUAUUGAAGCAAAUGAUUCUGCUCCUGAGUGCCUGGGAAAGGUGUGGCAGCCAGGCACGUUGUAUUACAUCCAGCUAAGUCAUACUCAAGAGUAGACCCAUGGAAAUCAACAGGCUUAAGUUGGAACUUAAGGUAAUAGGGUUAUACCCUGUGCUAGCCUUACUCAGAGUUAAGCCCGUUGAAGCUACGUAACAAACAUGGCUACCUUAGGUUCAUUGAUUUCAAUGGAUCUACUCCAUUGCAUACAACUCACAGAUUUCAGUGGGCCUACUCUGAGUAAGACUUAGUAGAAUACAAUCCUUCAUUUCCCAACAAGAGGUGGAGAAGGAGGAGAAAGAGGUAGCAGCAAUGGGCAAGCCGGCAAGCAGAAAGGUCACUUCUGGUACAAUCUUCACCUUGCAAAAAUCAGCAAGAGCCUGGUCAUUCAUUUCAGCAUGAACCAGCAUUGGCGCAUGGAGGCGGAGGACUGAAUGCAUGACUCAGCCACCGCUGUUAAGUCAGACAGCAGCUUUGGUGGGCAUGCACAUUGAUUGUGAGGAGCAUCAAAGGUGGGUUUUCAUGGAGGUGGUGUCCAGGACAGUGCCAAACGUUUUGAAGGAUGGAGAGAGAUCUCUCUGUUUACUUUUGUCAGCUGAGACGGGACCCAAGAUAACCACGUCAGCUUUAAAAAGCCAAUCAGAAAAGCAAGAGAGAGCAAGGAUUGGGAGCUGACACUUUUAGUUGGUUGAAGCUCAUUAAGCAGAAAUCUAUUUCUGAGAUAAAUAGGAGAGCUUCGGCCAAUGUCAAAUACUCGAACACUCUUUGUGGAGCUCUGGCAGAAUGGCUUGGUCAUUCACUUGGUGUGGAUGACAUGACCAACCAAGCUAACAGCACUCGAGCUGACCUCAAGAGCUCUUUGCUUUAGCUAAUGGCAGCAUUUUAAACCAUAAUUUUCAUAUUUUGUCCUUUUUUGCAUUCUAGUAGAUGCGCUCUUAAUUAAUUAACUACAAUAAUUACAUAGUUUCACAUGA